AUGGCCACGUCAACCACUACCUCCUUCACUUUCCCCUCGACAUACAACUUUCCCCCCUUCUUUACCCCGCAACCAAACAGCACCACGCGAUACUCCCAGCUCCAAAAAUGGUCCUCCCUAAUUCAAUCCUGGUGUCGACACCACCGUACUUACCGUCUUUCUCUCGGCGAUGCCGUCGACUCCCCUCUCUUCCAUAAUGCAGCCCUCCAUAAGCGGCUAGAUCUCGCCGAGGCUCGCGUAGUCGUGGACUGGAUGACGAAGAAAGAGGAGGAAGGGGGUGGCGGACAGCGCGCAGAGUGGAUUGAGAGUGCUUCGGCUAGUGGGAAUACGAUGCCUAAGAGCGUUGCUUGGAUUUGGUGGCGGAGGCCGGAGGAGUUGGCGGAUGUGCUAGUGGAUUGGAUCGAUGCUACUGGACAGCGUGGGAUGGUGUUGACCGUGUUUGAGUUGGUACAAGGGGAAGCGACGGUUUCUCAAGAGUUCCAUGGCAUAGACAACGAUGUAUUGAUGAAGGCACUUAACGUUCUCGUUAAGCGAGGUAAGGCCUCCGUAUUUGGUACCGAGGGCGAGGAGGGAGUCAAGUUCUUCUAA